AUGCCACCGACACCGAAGCCCCCGCAGGGAGCACCUCCUCACCUCCUCCUAUGGCACCUCGCAGAAUCCUACCUCACCGCCGCCCACGCACUCUCGCCAUGCCUCUUGCCCCCACCCCACUCCUCCUCCUCUUCCGUUCAGGUUGAUAUCCACCGUGCGCGGGAGCGGUAUACGCAGCUCGUCCGAGGUGCGAUCACGGCGUUAGACGCGAUACUGAAAUCAGGCAAACGACUCGCAACGAGUGUAGAGUUACGGACGCGGUUGAGGCUGGCGGAGGUGUUGUGGGAUGAGUGUAAGGAUGGGAAGGCCGUGGAGGGGAUCUUGUCGAAAGCGAUUAUUCUUGCACGACAGGGAGGAAAUCAGCAGCAUGUACAUAUCAAAUUCGCAUGUCAGCAUCUCCUGAUCAAAAUCCUCGUUUCCCAUCCGCGGAGUGUGGGUGCGGGCCGACAGGUGUUGAGGAGUUGUCUCAAAGAAUGUCAGGAGAGGGAGGUUGUGCCGGAGUGGAGUUAUGCGUUUUUGAUGCUCGAAAUUGAACUCGACGUCUCUGCGCGUGGGAUGAGGGGUUUUGCACUCCAAAGAGGGGAUGGGGAGGUUGGUGUCUAUGCGUUGUUGGUGGAGGCAGCGCAGUAUCUCCGAACAGGGGUUGAGGGUAUAGAAAGGGCUGGGGAGUGUUUGAGGGGGUAUGAGGAGUUACUCGUCACAAGGGGUGUGCCUGUGCGGAAUGAGAUUAGGCUCAUGGGGCUCGUGUUGGGGAUUUUACGGUUGGGGAUGGGUGCGCGGACGGGAGAGGCAUUACGCGAACUCGGGAUGCUUCACCACGCACUCGACGCACUCGCGUCUGAUCCGAAUUGGACACCGGACGGGUCGUUCGUGAUUCCGGUGCGAGCUCAUGAGAGUCAGGUGGGGAGAGUGGUGGGGGUGAGGGUUAAGUGGUGUGAGAAGCUGGAGUUGUUUGCGUUUGGGUAUUUGUUGAGUGGGGUUUGUCAUCUGCCCAACUACGCUUCCUCGAAAUCCAUCAUGUUUUUGGAGGAGGGCCUCAAAAUGGUGGCCAUUCUCUCCGCUAACGCGGCCACUACCCCUGGUUCCAUCAGCGAGGUUGUGGAGAGGAGGGGGAGGGUGGAUGUGAUGAGGGAGUAUUUGUUGACGUAUAUGGUGUUUGCGCUAUUGUUGAGGUCGGAGUUCGAUGCGGCGUUGGUGAGGUUGAAUGCGUUGGAUCAGAUUGGGCCUGGGGUGGGGAUUUUGGGACCGAUGAGGACGAUGGGGAAGGUUGCGUAUUUGCAAAGUACGGGGAAGUUCGAUGAGGCUCUCGCUUUGUCGGCUACCAUUCCGCAACAGACGCAGGAUGAGGAGUUGUUGCUGUUGAAUUUGCUGAAUUCUGUUGCGAUGAUGAGAGGGAUGCAAUCGGAAGGCCGAGAUCUUGCUGAGAGGAUGUUGGUGGAUGUGGAGACGCGGUGUAUGGCGUCGAAGAAUACGAGUUUGAAGACUGCGUGGCAAUUACUUCGCGCGACGUGUCUUCACACACCCAGCGAAAUCGCUACAAACACCCUCCUACACCGUCACCUCCUCGACUCGACAUUCACACUCUCGUCCGCCCACGCUAAUACACACCUCCGUACACUGACGCUCACCGCACUUUCCCAUAUCUUUGCGCAUAUCAAUCCUGCACAGGGUGAGGCGAUGUCGACGUCGGCGUAUGUUGUUGCGAAAAAGGCGAGGGAUGAGGUUUGGUGUGGAAUGGCGGGAGAGGUUGCGAGGGGGGUUUGGGAGAGGGGGGGGAAGGGGGCGAAGGCGGGGAGGCAGGAGCAGGUUAAUUGGGGGCAUUGGGGGUGUGUUGCGGGGAGGGUUGGGAGGGGGGUGCCGGAGGGGUGGGUUUCGAGGUGAGGGUGUGGUUGGGGUGAGUUGAGUGAGCGUUGACGGGAUAUGGAAGGGAUGAUUGGGGUUUGAAGGGUUUGGACAUUAUCGCUAGUACAUUCGGUGGACGGAGUUUUCAAGUCGAUUAUGACUUAUAUACCUAGGUACCCUCUAAUACUUAUUCUUUCAAG